GAAAUUAUGAGAUGCACAUUCCUGAUUGCUGGAACAUUGGAUCUCUUUAUGAGAUGCACAUUUCCCGUGCCUAAUGCACGUGUCAAGGCUACAGAAAGGUUUGAAGCAGCCUACCCAAUAAUAAAGGAGCUGGCUCUUGUUGGUACUCCUGGCUCUAAAGCUGUGAAGCAAGCAUCACAACAGCUUCUGCCUUUGGCUAUGAAGGCAAUGCAAGAAAAUAAUUUAGAGCUCGCCAAGGAGGCCACUGAUGUGUUCAUCUGGUGCCUGACUCAGAGUCCAGACUCCUACAAGCAGUGGGACAAGCUUCAUGCAGAGAAUAUCAAAGCUAGUGUUGCUGUCCUGAGGAAAAUCACUGCUGACUGGAAGACGCUCUCACCCAAGCUGAACUCUGAAGCUCUUAAGGCAACCCUGAAGAGCCUAAAAGCUAAGACAAGUGAAGCUACACCUGGAACAGAAGAUUGGGAGCUCCCUGCUGUGAGCGAAACAUGGCCCACAACGAUGAGGCCAGCGGUUCGGGCAAGGCAUUCUGGGAGCUAUCCCAGGAGAUGGAGGAAGAACCUCACCGCUAUGAGGACGCCGCGGAAGACACCGAUCCCGACUACACAACCCCUACGGGUAGGUUCUUUGAUUUCCAAUGGUCAAAUUCAUUUCGCCUCAAACCCUAAGCUGCCUCCUGGACCGCUGGUCAUCGCCUUGAGUUCCCGUGCUUCUCCGCCGCUGGGAAUCGCCGCAGCCGACUGUAUCUUCAACGUCGUUGCCGCCGUAGCUGGACCACCGCCAAGCUAG